AUGAAUGAGGCCUACUCUCAACCUAUCCUGGCCGUCAGCUUGACGUACGAGCAACUCGGCCAAUGUGUCGACAUCGCCCGCUCUGUCAACGAGCUUUCCUACCGUAUGCCCGGUAUGCUUUGGCGGAAAGACUGGGCACAGGCUCUCAGCUUUCUCGAGCAUAUCGAUCCCAACAAUGAGCUGGGCACAGUUCUAGACGUCCUUGCCGCGAGGCUCGCCUUUCACAACGAGAUGGAUGACCCGGUGCCGGUGGGGCUAGUGGACGAUACGGGUUUUAGGAGGUUCCAGGCCGAGGAUCUCGUGGGUAUGAGGGACUUGCUCGUACACGCCGAUCGCGUGUCUGUGGAGGCCCUUUCCCACAGCCGCAUAUUCGAUGAUGAAGUGGUCAAGCUCCUAGCGGCAGCCCUAUCACAUCUGCUCCUAACAUCCGAUAUGCUCCGUGACGAGCGACAGACGCUGGGAACGUGGCUGCGGAGCGGUCGAGGAUUGCACGGCUCAUCCGUGGCAAUGUCCAACUGCGACUUCGUUCAACACAUCCUCGAAGCGCUAGAAGAUAUCACCUUCACGCACCGUGGCUGGCCGCCGCAGUGGCGCAGGUUGAUGCUAGUCAACCGCACUUGGCGCGACGCUGUGUGCGCUGUGGGACGCUACGUCGCGCUGCCACCCAGCGCGUUUCCGGACGUUGUCGAGACUGCCCUGUGCAUGCUCCCGUCCACGCGCAUGAUGAUCUGCACCUUGACAGAUCUCAGCGCGUCGGGCGCCGGCGGCCUUGCCUGCUUACUCGAUCUCCUACGAGGCGCUCAGUCACUCACGACUCUGCGAAUCGCCGACUGGAUUCAAUGUGAUGCGUCGGUCGAUGCAGACCAUCUCAGCGUGGUGGUCCUGCCUCGGGUCAGAGACUUUGAGCUUAUCGGCACCCCAAGGCCAGCAUGGAUGCAAAAAGCGGAUCCUUCGGUGUCGCUCGUGAGGUACCUACGGCUCCCGAUGGUCGAGUGCGCUAUACUAUCAGAACCAGUCGAAUAUGCAGGGAGCAGGGCAGAAAUCCCGGACCCGCUACGACGUCUGGCUGAGCAUCUCGAGGCCAUUGCGAGCGCACUCGUCUCCUCUUCUCCGUGUAUCCGCGAAACGCAGCAGUAUACUGUCAGUAGCGAUACCCGGAAUGGUGGGCUCGUCUUGCGCACUCGUCGCGCACUGGGCUCCUGCUAUGACGGCAUGCCUGCGCCAUUGACCAUACAUCUAUACCCCUCCCCCGGAGGUCUCCCAGGCGCAAACCUGUCCUCCUGUCCAAUCGCAAUGCACCUCUUCGUUUGCAUGUGCCAAACCUUGGCCCCGAUUGUAACUUUGGGCAAUCAACCGCAUGCCCUUCCUCUGGAUAGUCUAUCCGUCGUCAACGUAUUGACAUGGGCUUCACUUGAAGCUACACUACCAUACCAUCCACCUUGGGAGGACCAAGACGACUGUCGGCGUAUACUUCUGGGUCUCCCCAUCUAUAAACAAGACUUACAGGUGGCGUUGAGUCGUCCAGCUCGCAUCGUGCUCUUUCUCGACUCGCAUCCGGACGGCGCGACGCUCCUCCCCUUCAAGCUGCUCGGACUGAGGCCGCCAGACCGGAUCGUUGGGUCUCCCCCUCGACUGAAGGAGCUCAGAGUAGAGCACAUCGAGUUGGACGGAGAGGUAUCCGCCCAAUUUCAGCGUCAGAAGGUGUGGCAAGCCUCGGAGUUUCAAGACGCCCUCCGGACGCGAGCUGCACGCGGCUUUCACACCCAAAGUAUUGCCCUAACGGGCAAACAGAAGCAGUGGCAGAGACCCAUUCAGGAGCUUCAGGAGGCGGCACGGACUUGGGGCCGCAAAGGGACAAUCGUAAAAUGCCAGAGUCAGAACAAUGGGGUGUUACUUGUAUUUCAGCGGUCAUGA